AUGAGUUCAACAUCAAUUGAGUUGCGAGCUCGCGAAGAAGGGUCCUCUCCAGCUGAAGAUGUCGAUCUCACGAGUACCCAUGAAUUCUCUUCACUUCCACCUGUAGAUGGCGGAAAAGAUGCUUGGUUCUUCCUCGCUGCUUCAUUCAUGGUUGAAGCUCUUACCUGGGGCUUUCCGUUUGCGUUUGGUGUCUUUCAGGAUUACUACAGUACCAAUGCACCCUUUGAAGGAUCAUCAGCUAUUGCCGGAAUAAUGUAUCUCGGUCUUCCCUUUGUCAUGACCCUUCAACGUCUCUACCCCAAGCAAAGCCGCUGGUCUCCAAUGAUAGGACUCUUCAUCAUGUGCAUUGCCCUCGCGCUGAGUUCAUUUUCCCAAAACACCACCCACCUCAUCCUUACACAGGGAAUACUAUACGCCAUAGGUGGUUCCAUCUCCUACUGUCCGUGUCUAUUGUAUAUGGAUCAAUGGUUCGCCAAGAAAAAGGGCUUCGCGUUUGGAGUAAUGUGGUCAGGCACCGGUCUCGCCGGCUUCGCAUUACCGCUCCUCUUUGAGAAAUUCCUCCACGACUAUGGUUUCCGUACUACGUUGAGAAUAUGGUCUGUUUCUCUCUUCGUUCUGACAUUGCCGUUGGCGUAUUUCAUCAAGCCGCGUCUUCCACACUCUGCUACGAGACAUAUUAAUCCUCUCAAGCUGGGCUUUGCGCUACGACGGAACUUUAUGCUGCACCAGCUUGCGAAUAUUACCCAAGCGCUAGGAUUCUUUUUGCCGGGGAUUUAUCUUCCUUCUUAUGCCAGAACGGCUAUUGGGGCUGGGACGUUUGCUUCGGCUUUGACGGUGUUGCUGAUUAAUGUUGCUUCGGUGUUUGGGUGUGUGGCUAUGGGUGCGCUUACAGAUCGGCUGCACGUCACGAAUUGCUUCUUGAUAUCUGCGAUGGGAACAGCACUCAGCACAUUUCUCCUCUGGGGAUUUUCGACGAAUUUACCUGUGCUGUAUAUUUUCUGCGUGGCUUAUGGGAUAUUUGCAGGUUCAUAUACGACCGCCUGGACCGGAAUCAUGCACAUGGUGUCGUCUGGAGAUGUAGCCAGCAGCAGCGGAAGAUCGUUUGAUCCGGCUAUGGUGCUGGGUGUUUUAUCCGCAGGACGAGGGAUUGGGAAUCUGGUAUCUGGACCUCUUAGCGGGGCGUUGAUCAAGGGGAUGCCGUUCCAGGGUCAAGCAUUUGGGGGAUACGGGACGGGAUAUGGUUCGUUGAUUAUCUUUACCGGUGUUACGGGGUUGGCUAGUGGUGCUACGUUUUUGUUUAGAAGGGUUGGAUGGGUGUGA